AAAAAUGCCACUGUCCAAGAGACGAGCGGCAGGUAGAAUCAAUGGACUGAAAGGCCCACCCGCAAAAAAAAGAAAGGAAAUUGAACGACAUGAAGCUCUUCUCAUGCAUCCGUUAGCGUAUACUGCAGAACAGUACGAACAAGUUGCAGAGGAGUCGAAGUUCUACAAAAAUUGCUUCGAAACUACUGCCGCCGAGAACGUUGAACUUCUAAAAUCCAACGAUCAACUCAAAAAAGAGCUGGAAUUGUUGAAAAACCAACAAGGAAAUCAGUUGAAGGUCGAUAUGAAGUUCAAAUCCCAAAUCGAGAGCACCAGGCAAUCAAAUAUGACGUUGCUUCGUGAAAGAGAAAUUUGGCAAAAUCGGUAUUAUGAUGUUCUCGCUGAGAAGCUUGCGCUAAGUGCACGAGUGAAAAGUAUGAUGGGCGACAUAGUAGAAUCCGUAGAAGUGCCUAAUGAUUCAAAUGGUAACACGUGGGAACUGCGAGAAGAUUUGGAAAUUGAUAGAAGUGCUCGUAGAAAAACGGAAGAAGAACCGAAAGCUCAAAAAAUGAAUUCAACUCGUGGAUCUCUGCCGAGAAAUCAAUGCUCCACACGCUCGAACAACCAAACACCCAAUGAGAUGCUCCUGAAAAUGGCGAUAGGAUUGGAUACGACGUCGGUUAAUUAAGAAUUCCUCAAUCGACACUCAACACAUUCCAUCUCAACUUUAUGAAUCUCAGCACUCAAAAAUCUGCUUCGUUUAAUUUCUGUUUUGAGCGUUUUUGAAACGUUACUGCAUUUAUUUUAUUAGAAUAAACCAAUAAAUAGACAAAGUAUUUUCG